AUGGAAAUGGAAGCCGGCCAGGCCGCCGUCCAAAUGGAGCUAGCAGGGUUCAACGAGAACGACCAACGUGAUUUCGCAUCCAUGGCUAGGCUGCUAAUGUUCAUCGUGUUGGGCUACCUCUUGGUGGUGCACCUCGCCGGCUACACGUUCAUUCUAAUCUACCUCGGCGUGGUCGGCGGCGCGAGAGCAGUGCUGGUUGGCAAGAGGAUCAGCCUGAGCACCUUCUCCGUCUUCACGGUCGUCUCGACGUUCGCGAACUGUGGGUUCGUGCCAACGAACGAGGGGAUGGUGUCCUUCAAGUCCUUCCCGGGCAUGCUCCUCCUCGUCAUGCCGCACAUCCUCCUCGGGAACACGCUCUUCCCCGUCUUCCUCAGGCUCUCCAUUACAGCGCUCGAGAGGGUCACCAGGAGGCGAGACCUCCGCGAGCUGCUGAAGGACGGAGGACCCGGCGGCGGCGGACCAGCUGCCGCCGCUAUAGGCUACGACCACCUGCUGCCCGGAGCCCGCACAUGGUUCCUGGCUCUCACCGUGGCGGUGUUCCUGGCGGUGCAGCUGCUGCUCUACUGCGCCAUGGAGUGGGGCUCCGAUGGGCUUCGUGGGCUCACCGCGUUCCAGAAGCUCGUUGCGGCGCUCUUCAUGUCCGUCAACUCCAGGCACUCCGGCGAGAUGGUCGUCGACCUCGCCACCGUGUCGUCCACCAUCGUCGUGCUCUAUGUGCUCAUGAUGUAUCUACCGCCUUACACCACAUUUUUACCCGUAGCGAUGGAAGACCAGCAGCAGCAGCAAAAUGAGGCACAACCCGACGACAAGAGCAAGAGCAGCAGCAGUAUUAGCAUCUGGCAGAAGCUGCUCAUGUCGCCGCUCUCGUGCCUAACCAUCUUCAUCGUCGUCGUCUGCAUCACCGAGCGGCGGCAGAUUGCUCACGACCCAAUCAACUUCAGCGUCCUCAACAUCGUCGUCGAAGUCAUCAGUGCGUAUGGCAACGUGGGAUUCAGCACCGGGUACAGCUGCAGCAGGCAGGUGACGCCCGACGGCAGCUGCAGGGACGCGUGGGUUGGCUUCUCCGGCAAGUGGAGCAGGGAAGGGAAGCUCACGCUCAUGGCCGUCAUGUUCUACGGCAGGCUCAAGAAGUUCAGCAUGCAUGGGGGUCAGGCAUGGAAGCUGGGCUAA